GAGCUAGCUGGGGGGGAGGGGCGUGCGUGGGAAGCCCGCGCAGAGGAGCGGGUUACACCCACGGGGGGGGGGGAGGAGGGCUGCAGCUGCUCCACGAGUCCGGCGGCGGACGCCCCCGCGGGCACGCCUGUUUACUCUCCUGCUGGGGCAAGCUUUGUGGUAAACCGAGGGUGGCGAGCCUGGGGGAGGGGAGGGGAAGAAGGGAACCUCCGGCGUCAUCGGAGCGCGCCGUCGCGACAGGCUGGAGGAGCCGCCAUCUUGGUAAAGGGCGUCGUAGUUGCCCCACUGGCGCCAUCACGCCGCGCCGGUCCCGGGGCCAGCUGGGGCUGCUGGGCUGCUCCGGGACCCCCGGCGGAGACGAUGCUGGGUGGCGCGGCGGACGCCCCGGGGCCGUGUCCCCUGGGAGAGGACAGCUUCACGCGCUUUUCGUCGCAGAGCAACGUGUACGGACUGGCGCGCGGCGCCCAGGGUCGCGGGGAGCUGCUGGCGGCCACUCUUAAAGGGAAGGUGCUGGGCUUCCGCUACCAGGACCUCCGACAGAAAAUCCGCCCCGUGGCCAAGGAGCUGCAGUUCAACUACAUCCCGGUGGACGCCGAGAUCGUGUCCAUCGACACCUUCACCAAGUCGCCCCCCAAGCGAGGCUUGGUGGUGGGAAUCACCUUCAUCAAGGACUCCGGAGACAAGGCCAGCCCCUUCCUCAACAUUUACUGUGACUACGAGCCCGGCUCGGAAUAUAACCUGGACUCCAUCGCACAGAGCUGCCUGAACCUGGAGCUGCAGUUCACCCCCUUCCAGCUGGGCCACGCCGAGGUCCAGGUCGGGGACCAGCUGGAGACAGUGUUUCUGCUCAGUGGGAACAACCCCGCCAUUCAUCUGUACAAAGAGAAUGAGGGUCUGCACCAGUUUGAGGAGCAGCCUGUGGAGCACUUGUUCCCUGAGCUCACUGAGCUGAGCAGCAGCGUUCUGUGGCUCCACGUCUCCAACAUCCCGGGCUCGGGCCGGCGCCUCACGGCCCUCGGCUGCCAGAGUGGCUACGUCCGUGUGGCCCACGUUGACCAGAGCAGCAGAACUGUGCUGCAGACUUGGACCAUCCAGCAGGACGGGCCCAUCUCCCGAGUGGUUGUCUUCAGCCUCUGGCCCCCAGCAGGAGACCCCGGGGAGGGGGAGGCAGAGGCCAAAGGGGCUCCCCUGCCUCCAGAAGAUUACAGUGUCCUGGUGACCAGCAUGAUGGAGCCGGCCGUGGUGUAUCGGAACGUCCUGUCCCGCGGGCUUCAGGACCAGGUGCUGCUGCCCGGGAGCGACCAGUUUGACAGCGUCCUAUGCGGGCUUGUCACCGACGUGGACCUGGACGGGAAGCCCGAGAUUCUGCUGGGCACCUACGGCCAGGAGCUGCUCUGUUACAAGUCCUGCGAGGCCGGGAGCCCGAGGCCGGGCCUCCCCCAGGCCGAGGCCGACGCCAGCUUCCGCCUCCUGUGGCAUCGCAGCUUUGCCAGCCCCCUGCUGGCCAUGGAACACGUGGACCUGACCGGGGACGGCCUCCGGGAGCUGGCCGUGGUGUCCCUGAAGGGCCUGCACAUCCUCCAGCCUGGGCCAGGCGUCCCGCCUGCUCCUGACGCGGCUUCGGCGGAGGGCCCAGCGGCAGACUCGGCCACGGGGAGAGGAGGAAGGGCCCCGGACGGCCGAGCUCCCCGGCCUUUGAGGGCCCUCACCCCCCGGGGCAGUCUGGGAACUCUUGGGGGUCGAAGGGCCCGGGAACAAGGCUGGGAAGAGCCCCGCCGCCUCCUUUCUCACGACCUGGCUGUUCAGUGCAGGAGCCGGAUCUGAUUUGGGACCUGGAGGGUCUGUAAAGUGGGGGUGAUUCCCCUCAGACACACUCACACUCACACACACACACACACACACAGACACGGACACAUUCAUACACACUCACACACACACACACAGACACAUUCAUACACACUCACACAUACACACACUCACACACACAGACACAUUCAUACACACUCACAUACACACACUCACACAGACACAUUCAUACACACUCACACAGACACACACACAGACACACACACACAC